UUGAAAGAAAAUUUUGCAAUGUGAAAUUUAUGUUUUUUUUUUUGGAAGUAAGUGCAUGGGUUAGGUGCCUGUCUUACCGGCCGAGUCUGACGUUUAGUUUUAAAGGAAAUUUUUUGCAAUGUAAAAUUCUUCGUUUUCUGGAAAAAGUGACUGACUCAAAAGACUGCAAAAUGUUAAGCACUGACGCCCAAAUCCGAUAUCUAGUGCAGUGGUUCCACGAGUGGAGCGACCUGCAAAGAUCGGAUUUUUUGCCCAUCCUCGCGGAAAAGUACGCCAAUAAGGCCUACGUCAACGGGAUUGUCAACAGCAUCGCCAAUGUCAACUGCCAGGAGAAGCCAAUGUCGCUGUUCGAGUGCAGGGUCAAACUGUUCCGCGAGUGGUUCUCACAAUGGAGCACCGACCAGAAAGAAAGCUUCUUGAAACAAAUCAAGGAAAUUGACUCGAGUUUCGCCGAUAAAUUAAACGCUGAACUGCAAAAUGGGAUCUCGGAAAACGGAGAGGGGGUUUUGGAGGAUUAAUCUGUUUGUUUUUUUUUUAACUAGAAUAUGAUUUUAUUUGUGAUAUUAGGUUGCUGAGUAUCAAACACUUUUUUCGAAGUUUAUUUACUUACUAAUAAUAAAAAAAUAGAUUUGGUAACAUCA